UCUCUCCCUCGCGCCGCUGAGCCAGUGGGCAGACGCGGUACAGCAGAGUGCGCACGAGAGGCAGACGGCGGGUGGGAGACGCCGUGUUUUGAUGGGAUAUCGAGACACUAUUUGACGUUGAAUUGUAGACGGAAUUGUAUGUUACGGAUUCUUUUUUAUUUUUUAUAUAUAACUUCGUACGUCAGCCAAUUCGCGGUUCGUCGUCGCUUGAUGGUGUGCGCGGUUUGCUGAGGCUACCGACGAGGAAGAGGAGCCCGUUCAGUUUCCUAACGGUGGGCGACAUUACUAAAUAUGCGUUUCCAGCCAUUCAUCCGUCUACCGUGAUGGAUACAAACCUGUAAACUCGUGAUCCAUGCGACUGCUGAUUAUUUGUGACAUGCAACGGAAAGCACAGGAUAAACGGACCCGCUGUAGAAAUACUCACCGCUCCAGUCGACCAUCCGGCGAUGUCUCAUUAAUGAUUUUGCUCAACGUGGAAUAAUGAAAAGGGGAACAACUUGAACUGAUUCGGUGGCGGAUGCACUCCGUAGUCUAAUCUUUUCCAAAUUCCACACAGAUGGUUGUUGGGUUGUUUGGUCCUGUUUGAAACCAUCAUAUUGCAAUGUCCUAAAGGUUUGGGCUUGUGAAAUUUGAAGUGCGAUCUCUUCAAAUCUAUGACGGGGAGAUUCGUUGAAUUGUAUGCGAAUAAUCUAGCGUUUUACGUUUUCGAUGUUAGAUAUUAAAACAAACAUGAUUGCUAAACCGUAGCCUAAAGUUAACCUUUACCCAACAGCCAUAUAAGGAGAGUUUGGGGUUUACUCAGAAAGAGACAGGGGUGUGUUUUCAGCCCUGCAUAUCAACUUUUUACACAUGCAACAAGCACACAGGGGAGCUAAUAGCCGAGUUGAGCAGUGCCCAGCAUUUGCAUAACAUUUUUACUGAUCUUAUUAGCCUAAAUCCUCCCACCCCCAAAAAACUUUAAAUGGUUUUCCGAAAACUGCCCGGUGUAUCAGCAUCGGGCAUGGGUCUUCGUUUAUCCCAGAAGUUCGUGUUUCUGCUCUUUCUGUCGGGGCUGGUCACUCUGUGCUUCGGGGCACUGUUCUUCUUACCGGACUCUGUUCGUUUGAAACGGAUUUUUCUGUCAAAGACGGAGACUCCGCCAGUUACGGUGGGCUCGGAGAAUGAUGCUCGAGAGCAUCGAAAGGGAUCAAAAGACCAGGAUCAUCAUGGGGGUUUAACGUCGCCAAAGGGCGAGACGAGCACGAAGCUCAAAACCCGUAAACCUUCGGUUUCUUAUGAGUUAAAACCGGAGGACAGACUCCCGGGUAAUAAGGCCCAGGAAGAGAGAACUCUGUUAAGGAGUAAAACAGAAUCCACCGCGGAGAGGGUGACCUCCCCGGAUCAUGGAGCCAGCACGGAUACUCGCGACUAUGUCAAGUUCAAGAAAUGCCUGCUGAAAGCGGUCCCGGGCACGGAGCCGGGGACGGCGCGCAACCCGCAGACUCUUCUGCGUCGGGAGAAAGUGAAAGAGAUGAUGAAGUUCGCAUGGGACAACUACAAGCAGUACGCCUGGGGGAAGAAUGAGCUCCGCCCACUGACCAGGAACGGACACAUCGGGAACAUGUUUGGUGGUCUGAGGGGAGCGUCCAUCGUGGAUUCUCUGGAUACUCUGUUCAUCAUGGGCCUGCUGGAGGAGUACGCUGAUGCCAGAGACUGGGUCCGCUCCAGCCUGGACCUCAGUUCGAAUGGUGAGGCGUCCCUGUUUGAGGUCAACAUCCGGUACGUUGGAGGACUCCUGUCUGCCUACUACCUGACUGGAGAGGAGAUGUUCAAGCAGAAGGUUCUGGAGCUGGGAGAGAAGCUGCUUCCUGCCUUCAACACCCCCACAGGGAUACCCAGGGGAGUUAUCAACCUGGGCAGCAGUGGGACCAGCUGGAGCUGGGGCUGGGCUUCGGCAGGGAGCAGCAUCCUGGCUGAGUUUGGGACUCUGCAUCUGGAGUUCCUCCACCUGUCUCAGCUGUCAGGAAACCCCGUCUACACAGAGAAGGUGAUGAACAUCAGGAAGCUUCUGAACAGGAUGGAGAAACCCCAUGGCCUCUACCCCAACUUCCUGAGUCCGGUCACUGGGAGCUGGGUGCAGCAUCACGUGUCUGUGGGGGGCCUGGGGGACAGCUUCUACGAGUAUCUCAUCAAAUCCUACCUGAUGUCAGACAAGACGGACCAAGAGGCCAAGAGCAUGUACUACAGUGCUCUGGAGGCCAUUGAGGUUAACCUGGUGCAGAAGUCAGUGGGGGGUCUCACCUACAUGGCCGAGUGGAGGGGGGGUAUCCUGGACCACAAGAUGGGGCACCUGGCCUGCUUCUCUGGGGGCAUGGUGGGGCUGGGGGCAGACGACGCCGACACGCCCCAGAAGAGGCAGCACUACCUGGACCUGGCCGCUGAGAUCACACACACCUGCCACGAGAGCUACGCACGCUCAGCCACCAAGCUGGGUCCAGAGGCGUUCCGGUUCGACGGCGGCGCUGAGGCGACGGCCACCCGUCUGAGUGACAGAUACUACAUCCUGAGGCCAGAGGUCAUCGAGAGCUACAUGUACAUGUGGCGCCUGACCCACGACCCCAAGUACCGAGAGUGGGGCUGGGAGGCUGUGGAGGCGCUGGAGAAGCACUGCAGAGUGGAGAGCGGCUUCUCUGGGAUCAGAGACGUGUACUCCUCCUCCGCCAGCCACGACAACAUGCAGCAGAGCUUCUUCCUGUCAGAAACUCUCAAAUAUCUGUACCUCCUCUUCUCAGAUGAUGACCUGCUGCCGUUGGAGGACUGGGUGUUCAACACAGAGGCUCACCCCCUCCCUGUGAUCCGCCAGGCCUGCCUCCAGGAGGCCCCUGCAGCAGCAUAGACUCAUACACACACACACUCAUACACACACACACUCAUACACACACACUCAUACACACACACACAUACACAC